AAGGCUAGGCGGCGGCAGUGGCUGCAGCUUUUGGGCAGGAGUGACUCCGGCCGCAGCACUGGGCUGUGCAGAUGGCAGCGACGGCAGUGGCAGCAGGGACCGGAUCCCCGGCAGGGGCCGAGUCGGCGGAGGGCGCCCCGGGGCCGGCGGCGGCGCUGGAGCUGUGGCUCAGAGAAGCUGUUGGAGAUAGCCUUUUUUGAAAGCACCACAUGCAGUCUACCUGACAAAGCCACAGACCCAAGCAUGGUGGAACAGGAUUGGUCAGCCAUCCAGAAGUUCUGUGAACAGGUGAACACCGACCCCAGUGGCCCAACACAUGCGCCCUGGCUACUGGCCCACAAGAUCCAGUCUCCACAGGAGAAGGAAGCCCUUUAUGCCCUGACGGUGCUGGAGAUAUGCAUGAACCACUGCGGAGAGAAAUUCCACAACGAAGUGGCCAAGUUCCGCUUCCUGAACGAGCUGAUCAAAGUAUUGUCCCCAAAGUACCUAGGGGCCUGGGCUACAGAGAAGGUUAAAGGAAGAGUUAUUGAAAUCCUCUUUAGCUGGACAGUCUGGUUUCCGGAAGACAUCAAGAUCCGAGAUGCUUAUCAGAUGCUGAAGAAGCAAGGAAUCAUAAAGCAAGAUCCAAAACUACCAAUGGAUAAAAUCUUGCCCCCACCAUCUCCCUGGCCAAAGAGCAUCUUUGACGCUGACGAGGAAAAGUCUAAGCUUCUGACAAGACUUCUCAAGAGCAACCACCCUGAGGACCUUCAGGCUGCAAACCGGCUGAUCAAGAAUUUGGUCAAGGAGGAACAAGAAAAGUCAGAAAAGGUGUCCAGGAGAGUCAGUGCAGUAGAAGAAGUCCGGAGCCAUGUGAGGGUGCUUCGGGAGAUGCUGACCAUGUACCGAAGGCCAGGCCAUGCCCUGCCUGACCAGCAGGCCCUGCAGGUUGUGUAUGAAAGAUGUGAGAAGCUGCGGCCCACCCUGUUCCGGCUUGCAAGCGACACCACUGAUGAUGACGACGCACUGGCCGAAAUUCUUCAAGCAAAUGACCUUCUCACACAGGGGGUUCUGCUGUACAAACAGGUGGUGGAGGGCCGAGUCAAUGCUGGGAAUGCAGUACCUGCCGCAGUGGGAGCCAUUCCUGCCCCCAGAGUAUUCCCGAAUCCAGAACCCUGUGGGAAGAACUGCCCCCUCAUUGACCUGGAGACCCCAUCUUUGCUUCAUCAGGACCUGGCAGCCUUAGGGAUCAACGAUGUUCCCACUAGGAACCAGGUUGUUAUUCCAAGUUGCUGUAAGGACAAGAAGCAGCCUGGUGCCAUCACACUCCUGGGGGGUGGAAUCCAGAGUCUUUCUGCAGACCGGAACUUGAUGGAUCUUUUCUCACCACAGCCAUCUCCAGGACCACUGAAUUAUGUUCCACAAAAAACCAUCCCCAAGGAGGUGCCACCAGGUACCAAGGCUUCUCCAGGUUGGUCCUGGGAGGCUGGGCCAUUGGCUUCUUCCACAGCCUCACAGAAUACACCUCUGGCUCACGUGUUUGUCCCUUUGGAGUCUGUGAAACCCAGCAGCCUGCCGCCCGUCAUCGUGUAUGACCGGAACGGCUUCCGGAUUCUGCUGCACUUCUCCCAGACUGGGGCCCCUGGCCACCCGGAUGUCCAGGUGCUGCUGUUGACCAUGAUGAGCACGGCCACCCAGCCUGUCUGGGAUGUCAUGUUUCAGGUGGCCGUGCCAAAGUCAAUGCGGGUGAAGCUGCAGCCGGCAUCCAGUUCCAAGCUCCCUGCAUUCAGUCCUUUGAUGCCUCCAGCUGUGAUAUCUCAGAUGCUGUUGCUUGACAACCCACACAAAGAACCUAUCCGGUUGCGAUAUAAGCUGACUUUCAACCAGGGUGGGCAGCCGUUCAGUGAAGUAGGAGAGGUGAAAGACUUUCCAGACCUGGCCGUCUUGAGCACUGCCUGACUUCUCAACCAAGACUCUUCAGUCAAGCUUCGGCCAGUGUUCUUUUACUGUCUAGUCGGGACUUGUAAUGUAGUGCAGAGUGCCAAGAGUUCUCUCCUGAUGUCAGGCCUUGAUUGCCAAUCUGUCUGUUGAUCAUGUAUGUGCUGGUGUGUGUGUGUGUGUUACCGGGGUGCUGGGGGAGGAGGGAGAACUGGGCUUGGGAUUUGGGCAGUGUGGGGGAUGCUGACAACCUCUGAGAUCAUCUCUGCUGCACUCAUACCUGCUUCUGCAUGUUGGUUGGCACUGUUGCCCCUGCCUCGAGUUGGAGUUUUAUAAGCCAAAGUUUUCUCCGUGUAUUGUUAAUCUUUUCAUUCAUCCACUCUGUGCCUUGUCAGCCUUUGAAAGUCUUAGUUGCUCCCAGGCUGCUAUUCUCAGGGACCUUAGAAAGGGACCUGGUUGGUCUUGCGACAGAGUGUGUCUUCUGGGGCACACUCUUCCAAGAAUGGCCUUGUCUUCAUUUUUCAUUAGCAAAUGCUGCUUGCAGAUGUACAGUAAGACCUUCUAAAUAGAAUGUUUGUUUACUGGUUCAGGCAAGGGGCUUGCCAUGAGACCAGGAGACCACACUUGGUGGGCCAAUCAUGUCCUUCACUGCAGUGCCUUAGAUUCUUCCUUAGACGGACCCUCUGAGGCCUUGCUCAGGCCUUGGGUUCUGUGGGGUGGGCAGCCUGUCUGGGCCCUUACUCAGGACCCACAAUUUCAUCUUCAUUCUUUCUGUUCACAAACAUCUUAGAGCUCUUUCAUUGUGACCCUGUGUUUGUUGUUGUAAAUCACAGCUAAGGGGCCAGCCCUGUGGCCCUCACAAUCCAAGGUGGGGAGUUGCGAUGCAGGUAGAGAGCCAUGUGGUGAUUAAGUACAGAACAUCAUUGAAUAAAUACUGUGUCCA